GCGGCGGGCUGCGCGGCGCGUCCCUCCCGCCUCGCCCCUCCCCGCGGGCGGCGCGGCUCCCGCCGCAGCGCCUCCCCUCGCCAGGAGGGAGCCGGAGGGGCUCUGCCAGCCCGCCGCAGACCUGCCCGGCUGCGCGCUGCGCUCUGUGCGUCCCAGCAGCCGCGGGUGCCGCGCCGAAGGCGGCCGGGAGAUCCCGGGACGCGCAGCUCCCCGCAACCUUCAGCGUCCCCGCGUCCCGGUCCUCCGGCAUGGCUGUGCUCCUAGCGGCGGUGCUCGCGUCCUCGCUCUACCUGCAGGUGGCUGCCGACUUCGACGGGAGGUGGCCCAGGCAAAUAGUUUCUUCAAUCGGCCUAUGUCGCUAUGGAGGCAGGAUUGACUGCUGCUGGGGCUGGGCCCGCCAGUCCUGGGGACAGUGCCAACCUUUCUACGUCUUAAGGCAGAGACUAGCAAGGAUAAGGUGCCAGCUCAAAGCUGUGUGUCAACCACAGUGCAAACACGGAGAGUGCGUCGGGCCAAACAAGUGCAAAUGUCACCCUGGAUUUGCUGGGAAAACCUGCAACCAAGAUGAGUCCUUCCACCCAACUCCUCUUGACCAAGGCAGUGAACAGCCUCUUUUCCAACCCCCGGAUCAUCAAGCCACAAAUGUACCUUCAAGGGAUUUAAACGAGUGUGGCCUGAAGCCUCGGCCCUGUAAGCACAGGUGCAUGAACACUUUCGGCAGCUACAAGUGCUACUGUCUCAACGGAUACAUGCUGCUGCCAGACGGGUCCUGCUCAAGUGCCCUAUCGUGUUCCAUGGCAAACUGUCAGUAUGGCUGUGACGUGGUCAAAGGACAGGUCCGAUGUCAGUGUCCAUCCCCUGGCCUGCAGCUAGCUCCCGAUGGGAGGACCUGUGUGGAUAUUGAUGAAUGUGCGACUGGAAGAGUCUCCUGCCCUCGAUUUAGGCAGUGUGUCAACACGUUUGGGAGCUACAUCUGCAAGUGUCACACUGGUUUCGACCUCAUGUACAUUGGAGGCAAAUAUCAGUGCCAUGACAUCGACGAGUGCUCUCUUGGACAGCACCAGUGUAGCAGCUAUGCCCGGUGUUACAACAUACAUGGGUCCUACAAGUGCCAAUGUAGAGAUGGAUACGAGGGGGAUGGACUGAACUGUGUGUAUAUCCCCAAAGUCAUGAUUGAACCUUCAGGUCCAAUCCAUAUGCCAGAAAGAAAUGGUACAAUCUCAAAGGGUGAUGGAGGACAUGCGAAUAGGAUUCCUGAUGCUGGAAGUACAAGGUGGCCCCUGAAGACACCAUAUAUUCCUCCUGUCAUUACCAACAGGCCUACUUCCAAGCCAACAACAAGACCUACACCAAACCCAACACCACAGCCUACUCCACCACCUCCACCACCCCUCCCGACAGAGCCCAGAACAACUCCACUACCACCAACCCCAGAAAGGCCAUCUACCAGACCCACCACUAUAGCACCUGCUACCAGUACCACUACACGAGUAAUUACGGUUGACAACAGGAUACAGACGGAUCCUCAGAAACCCAGAGGAGAUGUGUUCAUUCCACGGCAGCCGACAAAUGACCUGUUUGAGAUAUUUGAAAUCGAAAGAGGGGUCAGCGCGGAUGAGGAAGUAAAGGACGACCCAGGUAUUCUCAUACACAGCUGCAAUUUUGACCAUGGACUCUGUGGAUGGAUCAGAGAAAAAGAUAGUGACUUGCACUGGGAGACAGCCAGGGACCCAGCAGGUGGACAGUAUCUCACAGUGUCUGCAGCCAAAGCCCCGGGGGGAAAAGCCGCUCGCUUGGUGUUACGUCUCGGCCACCUCAUGCAUUCAGGGGACCUGUGCCUGUCCUUUAGGCACAAGGUGACUGGGCUGCACUCGGGCACACUGCAGGUGUUUGUGAGGAAACACGGUACCCACGGAGCAGCCCUGUGGGGAAGAAAUGGUGGCCAUGGCUGGAGGCAAACCCAGAUCACCUUGCGAGGGGCUGACGUCAAAAGCGUCAUCUUCAAAGGUGAAAAAAGGCGUGGUCACACGGGGGAGAUUGGAUUGGAUGAUGUGAGCUUGAAAAGAGGUCGCUGCUGAGAAGACCCCUGGCAGCUCCCGAGCUAGCAGUGAAUUUGUCGCUCUCCCUCAUUUCCCAAUGCUUGCCCUCUUGUCUCCCUCUUAUCAGGCCUAGGGCAGGAGUGGGUCAGGAGGAAGGUUGCUUGGUGACUCGGGUCUCGGUGGCCUGUUUUGGUGCAAUCCCAGUGAACAGUGACACUCUCGAAGUACAGGAGCAUCUGGAGACACCUCCGGGCCCUUCUGGGGUGUUACCUUAUAUGGUGUCUUCUUUAGGAAGGCCUUUGGCAUGUGUGACCGGGACCAUCCUUCAUCCUGGUUAUAGAGUGGGCCUGCUAGCCAACUACGGGAGACGUUUUCAUUCUGUGCAAAUGGUAUUCUGUGAUCUGUCCAGUGUUGUACCAUGAGUAGUACUGACUUUGCUUACAGUAUGACAGUAUGAUGUACAGCGUGCUUGUGAAACUAGUGUAUCUUUUUCACUUCAGUUACUUCUGGCCUGACCUCAAUCCAUAUUCUUUAUAACGGAGGGGUGUGCAACAUAUUAAGAUGCAUUUAUUCUUGUAAACUGUGUCUUUCUGUUAAAGACAGUUAUAUAGGGUGGGCAUGGAAUUUCCUGGUUAGCAGUACUGUGUUUGUGUAAAUGUGCUAUUACUAUAAGUAUUUACAUGUUCCGAAUAUCCACAGACUCUAGUUGCAAGGUCAAAGGCAGCUUAUGAUCCCCUGAGUUAAAAAAAAAAUACAUGGUGACCUGUCAUCUAUGCUAUGACUUAAACCAGCAGCAAGAAAACUGGCAAAGGUGUGCGGCUUGGGGUAGUGUCAUGAUGGCUUUGUUUCUGUGUCCUUGAGUUUGACCUAUUCAGAAAACCAUUCAAGGGAAGCAAGGACCUGCAGUUAAUAUAUAAAACCCCUAUGCUUCCGGUUAUACUUUAAACUGACAGCCUUCACCACUGUUACAUGCCUCCACCAGUAAGAAGCUUUGUAAAGAUUCUGGGGGGGGGAGCGGAGGACCAGAGGACAGCCCAUAAGACAGGUGCUUUAAAUCAGCAAGGUUUCCACGAGUGCAGCUAAUGUGUUACCUGAGGCUGGGCUAGGAAGCAGGCCUGUGCACAGAGGUGACGCUGCCGAUGAUGGAGCAACACUAGCACUGUCGAGGAGGACAAGAUUGGAAUUUUAAUAUCGACAGAGCCCCAACUUCGUCUCCUCCCUGUCAGACCGCUGUUUUAAAAAAACACAUAGCUUUAGAGAGUCAACUUUUCUCCUUAGCAUUUCUCACCCUUCUGAUUAAGUAAUCAAAAUAUUUUCUGCUGUUUUUGCCAGGAGACACAAAGAUGAUUAAAGGGUUGGAAAAAAAGAUCUAUGGUGACAAACUAAAGGAACUGGGAGUGUUCUGCCUGGAGAAGAGAAGACUGAGGGGCAGGCCGUGGGGGCUCCUCCAGGCUGCGAAGGGUUGGCACCAAGAGCUUGGGGAGCGGCUGUUCUCCAUGUGUCCUGAGAAUAGGACCAGAGGGAACAGGCUUAGGCUAGAGUGUGAGGGGGACUUUCCUGGCAGGGACAGUUGCUAAGCCCAAUCCUUUACAAAAAAGAAGUGUGAUCAUAUUCAUUCUCCUCCUACUCCCUCCUUCCCUCCCUCCCUUCCUUCCUUCUUUCCUCCCUCCCUUCCUUCUUUCCUCCCCCCCUUACUUCUACCUUCAUCUCUCUCUCUCCCUUUCUGUUCUCUUCUCUUCCUCUCUAUCUUCUUUGUCCCUUCCCUCCAUUAAAAAAAAAAAAAAAACUACAUAAAAUGUUAGGUAUUUAAGGUGUACGUACUUCAAGGUAAAGUCCCUGAUCAUGGACACUAGAAGACACUUUGGUCUCCAAAGUAGUCCAUGAUAAUGACCAUCUUCAGAACUGAGCAGUUUGGACUGAGCUCCAAGGUAGACUUUCUGCUCUUGGCCUCCUCCUGUAAAGGGCACAAAAGGAAAUGUCAAGCUCACUGAAAGGGUCUUCACUCAACAGCCAACCCAGCAGUAUUAACAGAACAAAUCCCCAAAUUCUUUAUUCCUGGAGAGGGUGUGUCACACAGGUGCUAUCGAAUCUUAAUAAUGUCCUAAUAUGGUGGUGUUAAUGUUUGAUUCCUGGGUAAGGGUGCGACCCCCCACGGUUUGUUCAGUCGAUGCUUAGACUUGUUUUUCAAAGAGACCCCCAAGAAACAUGAGGCAGAGAGAGCCUGUCUGGUGCAUUGCCUGGCUUGCAUUGACAAGUUAACAUGGCUACUGAAGGUGUGUCAACCACAGCACCGUUAGCCCUCGUCCUUGCCUCCUUCCAUGACUCACUUUCUCACCAGGAGCCUUCCAAGUUCCACGAGCUGGUAAUGCUUUUUGAACAGCUCCAAGUGACUUUGCCAUUUAGCUCAACAGACACAGAUUUGGGGCUUCUGAAGUAGAAGUAAAGAGCACCUAAGAUGUCCUUAGGUCCAUUUUUUUUAAUGAUUCAUUUCCUUCUUGGUCAUGUAACUGCACAGCUGAUUCAGAAGAAAGGGGAACGUAAUCGAGAAUUUCACUCCCAGGUGCCAAUAAGACAUUGCACUACACUGAUGGAGGAAGUUAUCCAAAGUACUGUAUAACAUCUUGUUUAUUAUUUAAUGUUCUCUCAAGUGAGAAUUGUUUGUGGUUUUCAAAAUGAACAAAUAAAAGCAAUCUUUGUAAAUAAAAAUCACUGUUCCUACUGCCA